AUGGCCCGCUCCGCUGGACGACUGUCCGACACGUCGCUGUGCAGCCGUACGCUCGGCCCCAGCGCCUUCCCUCAGUUCUCAUUGGACAGCACAAGCAUCUGUCUCCCUUUUUCCCCUGAGCCCUUGCUUUCUCUCCACGAGCGCGCACUGUACCAGGAGAAAUCACUCCUCGACCGCUCCACACUCGACACGCGCCGCGUCCCUUUCUCCCCAUCCCAGCAUCAGACCAUCGCCAUCUUCUUCUUCUCUUCGAUCACCUGUGUUUCUUCUCUUCCAGCCAAACGAUCCAGCAACGAGUUAGCAACGCAAGGCACAAUGCCCUCCUUUGCCCAUCUGCUCCUUCUCACCCUCACCCUCGCCCUCACCUUCCUCCACCGUCCUACACCUGCACUAUGCAUUGCUGAUCACCCACAUGCCACUGCCACUGCCACACAGCCUCAGACAUUCAUCCUGGUUCUCAAGUCGCCUGCCGAGGCCGGCACCAGCGAGGACGACCACCGGUGGUGGCACGAGACUUUCAUGCCAUCCCCUCUCGCUGGCUCCGACGAGCCGCGGCUCCUCCACACCUACACCGAGGUCUUCACCGGCUUCGCUGCCAGGCUGACGGAUGCCGAGCUCGACAUGGUGUCCAAGAAGCCCGGGUUCCUGCGUGCCUUCCCGGACCAGAUCUGGCACCCUGCCACCACGCACACUCCGGAGUUUCUGGGGCUCAAGAGAGGCAGUGGCUUGUGGAGGGACGUCAGCUACGGCAAGGGCGUGAUCAUCGGGGUAUUGGACACGGGCAUCUACGCGCAGCACCCUUCCUUUGAUGAUGCUGGCAUCCCGCCGCCGCCGUCAAAGUGGAAGGGUUCAUGCCACGGCGCUGCUCGGUGCAACAACAAGCUCAUCGGUGCCAAGUUCAUCAACAGGUAUGCGAAUGACUCUAGCGAUGACACUGGGCAUGGGACGCAUACCUCGUCCACCGCUGCUGGGAACUUUGUCAGCGGUGCCUCGGCCCAUGGCCUCGGCAGCGGCACAGCGGCCGGGAUUGCUCCAGGUGCACACCUGGCCAUGUACAGAGUGUGCACAAUUCAUGGGUGUACAGUCGCAAACAUAGUAGCCGGGUUAGAUGAAGCUGUAAAGGACGGGGUCGAUAUCAUAUCGCUCUCCCUCGGCCCCUUUUUCGAUGUCAACUUCAGUGAAGAUCCGGUCGCCAUUGGCGCAUUCAGUGCAGUAGCCAAGGGCAUUGUUGUUGUGGCUGCAGCUGGGAACAAUGGACCCAAGUCAUUUGUUGCUAACUCUGCGCCAUGGUUGCUCACAGUCGCAGCUGGCUCAGUGGACCGUAGCUUUGAGACUGUUGUGCAGCUGGGCAACGGGGAUCACGUGAAUGGGGAGGCUUUCAACCAGAUAUCCAACUCAAGCGCCAAACAGUUUCCUCUUUAUUGGAACAAACACUGCAAGUCAUUGCCUGCAAGAAAUGUGUCUGGAAAAAUUGUCAUUUGCCAUGACACAGGAUCAAUGAAUAACACAGGAUCAGUAAACAACACCGACAUCAGUGCCAUAAUGAGUGCCGGGGCGGCUAGCAUAGUGCUCAUCAACAGGAAAGAUGCUGGCUUCACCACGCUCCUUGAGGACUAUGGUAAUGUUGUUCAAGUGACUGUGUCUGAUGGCAUGAAGAUCACAGAGUACGUGAAGACAACAACCAAAGCCUCUGCCGCAGUCAUCUACAAAAACACAGUUCUGGGGGUCCGUCCAUCCCCAAUGGUUGCAGCAUUCUCGUCCCGUGGUCCUAGCAGGUUCACCCCCGGCGUUCUCAAGCCGGAUGUAUUAGCACCUGGCCUCAAUAUCAUUGCUGCAUGGCCACCACUCACCCUGUUUGGUUCUGGGCCAUUCAACAUUCGAUCCGGGACGUCGAUGUCAACUCCGCAUGUCAGUGGCAUCGCUGCGCUUGUUAAGUGCUCCCAUCCUGAGUGGUCCGCUGCUGCAAUCAAGUCGGCCAUCCUGACAACAUCCGACAUUACCGACAGCACUGGUGACCCGAUCUUGGAUGAGCAGCAUCAGAGGGCAACAGCAUAUGCGAUGGCAUUGGCAGUCAUUGUGCGUAACCCGAGGUUGUCCUGCAAAAUGCUUUCCAAGAUACCAGAAUCGCAGCUUAACUACCCAACCAUAACGGUGCCCCUCAGGACAAGGCCAUUCACAUUGAACCGGACUGUGACAAAUGUGGGUUCAGCCAACUCAGUGUACACACUGAAGAUAGAGGUUCCUGAGAGUCUUACAGUGUCUGUCUACCCAGAGACAUUGGUCUUUUCCAAGGCUGGACAGAAGAUAUCGUAUACCAUAACAGUGAGCAGCCAUGGCAAUGCCGGGGAAAAGAUCAUGGAGGGAAGAUUGAGCUGGGUGUCUGGGCACUAUGUUGUGCGAAGUCCCAUAGUUGCCGUUGCUGGUCUGCUGUAA